CUAACCUUUUAUUUUCUAUCUGAAUGACGUAGUUUAAUGAACACAAGUGCGGUGCCACAUAUUAUUUAGACUUUACAGAAUUUGUGAUAGCCAAUCAUCUUAUAAUUAAUACUACUUUUCACCUGUAAUAUUUCUUUAACCGUUUUUCUGUGGUUUUCCGCACUGUGUACAGAGCAUUGUAUACAGGGGGCGGAAAACAAACGAGUCCCUUCCAGACAUUUUCCCGUUGAUGACAUGUUGCUCCAGCGAUGUGGACCGGCGUGAUUGUCUGUUACGUCACAGUCGCGUGCGAUAGGACCGGGAGCGCUUCGAUCCCUCCGUGAAAUCCACCUGUUGCACCACCUGGAGAGAAGCAGGGCUGACGGGAGGCUGAGACGACCGCAGCAUGGGAGGUGUCUGUUCCAGUGAGAAGAUGGCAGAGGUUUUUGCUUAUGAGAGCUCAGAAAUUGACUGGUGUGAAGACAACUACAAGCACUCUGAGCAUGUGGUGGAGUACUUUAACACAAUGAGCAGCUUUUCUUUCUUCAUAAUAUCUCCCAUCAUGCUCUAUCUCCUGCACCCUUACGCUAAAGAGAGGAGCUUGGCAGUCCAUAUGGUCUGGACCAUGAUGAUUUUUGUAGGACUCUUCUCUGCGUACUUCCACAUGACUCUUAGUUUUGUUGGUCAGAUGUUGGAUGAGCUGUCUAUCUUGUGGGUUUUGGCUGUGGGAUAUGCUACUUGGUUCCCUCGCAGACUCUUCCCAUAUUUUAUAAAAGACAGGUCCACAUUUUCAAGGCUAGUCUUAAUGGUUACCGUCAUCACGUCAGUGUCAUCGUUUGUCAAACCAACAGCCAACGCCUACGCCUUAAACUGCUUUGGCCUCCACCUGCUUUACACUUUGGCUGUUGAGAUGAGAUGCUGCACUGACCAGAAGGUUCUGCGUCUCGCCAAGCUGUCAGUGGCUCUGUGGGUGCUCGCCAUCUCUUGCUGGAUUAGUGACCGUCUUGGCUGCAGUCUUUGGCAAAAGCUAAACUUCUGCUACCUGCACGGUAUCUGGCACAUUCUGAUUGUGAUGGCAGUAGCCUACGGCAGCACACUGGUUGCUUACCUGGACGCCAGCUACGAGAUUCCAUACUCCUUACCUGGACUACAGUACUGGCCCUGUGAUAAAUGGGGACUUGGAUUUCCCCACAUUGUCCUAAAAGGUCCUACCAAGACACAGAAACGGUGCUGAUGAAUCUUAUCUUACACGUUGAAUUUGGGAUUCUUACAAACUGAACUGCAAAAAAAAUUAAUAAGGGUCUUAUUUAGGAAUUCUGGGAGGUGGAUGACUUAUAGAGAUUUUGUUGCAGGGAUGGACGAUUCAUUUCAGAAUUUCAACUUCCACGGAAUUGCAUAUGAUUUUUUUCACUCAAAAGAGGCAGAAGUAUUUGUCUCAAGAAUGAUAAGAGGAAGCUUUUCCUCCUAUGACUGUAAAACAAUCCUCUGAAACAAUCCAAACAUCAAAAACCUCUUCAAGCUACAUUUGCAGCUUAAGUCAAUGAUUUCUGUCCCGUGUGCCUUUCAUGUAGAAAGGUUAAAAAAAACACAUAUUUUUGCUACUUUAGUUAGUCUGUACCAAUGUAACCAAGAAACCUUUAAAGGGAAAACCCCAAAAUGUUACUUGAAUAUACAAUAUAGCAAAAAAUUAAACAUAUAAACUAGAAAUAUGGAAAAUUGUGAGAUCAAAGUUCGUACCCAUUUUACAUAUUCAGUAAUUUUAUAUAUUAUGUGUGUUACUGUUGCUAUAUUUUAGCACUUGAAGGGCUCAUUUUUAUAUAAUGUGUUUUACACUUUGUGAUUCCAGUGUUCUGCUGAGAAUGAACUCAUGAACAUUAAUAUUAGGCAACAUGAGAGAGAGGUAUUUGGUUACAUAGAAGUUAAAUUGAAUUCCAUUGUGACUUCACAGACCUGUUACACACUGUUCUUAGUGAACUAUUUUGGUCAAUCACUCCUAGAGAUGUUGACAGGGUUUCUUAAAUUUACUCCGUUUUGAAUUGUCUGACGUUCCCAGCCUGAUAAACACCAGCAACACUUUUCCUGCAGGUCCUGUAAAAAUCUCCUGUUUUGUGACAUAAUAGACUUCAGGUAGCUUGAGAAACUCAAACUUUGAUAAAAAUCCUUUUUUAUUUUAUAUUUUUUUUUACAUAAAACAAGAUGGUCAUUCAUACCUGAUUGUUUUUUCACCAACUGAAAACACUUGACUCUGAUUUCACUUUAAAAUCAAAUCUGUCAUUUCAUAACUAAUUAAAUUAUCAAAUACUUCAUUUUUUUCCAUGACUUAUUAAAAUAUCUUUAACCACUAUGAAAACCUGUGAAAUGUGAAGAUAUUUUAGUUGUUAAUAGUAAUUAUAAAAUACAGUAAAUUUAAAAGUAUGCAUUGUUUAUGUCUCAAUGAUGAAUCAUUUGAAAGAUAAAGAAGCUUUUAGUAAAAUAAUAGGUUUUUCUCUGAUAUAUGUCUUUUGGAAAAUACUCUAGUGUUGACCCCAGAGCCUGUUUGACUUGUUGACCCUUUUUACCCCAAACCCCCUGUUACAAACCUUUUGAGAAUAUUCAGGGACAAUGUACCGCCAUCUACAUUAUGUUUCCUGAAGCACAUAAUAACAAGAUGCAACAAUAGAUCCUUCACACACACACACACACACACACACACACACACACACACACACACACACACACACACACACAAAUACACGAUGCACUCAAGCAUUCAACAGUGACCUCUACUGGAUGAUGAACAAAGUAAAUGUCCAGGCACACCUCUGUGUUCUCAGUACCCACAGACGCAUGUCUCCAUAUUUUAGCGUUUUGCUGCCACCUAGUGGCGGCAUCAGAUACAUCAGAGCUGUGGGCUCCUCUUAGUCACAUUGGCACUGUUGCUGGUGCAUUGAGUUGAGAGGUUUGAGAUGGAUAAUUUACCCUAUUUUAAAGUGUCACCGAUCAAAAAUGUUGAGAUAUGUACAUACAUUUGUAUUUAAUCAUUAAUAAACUCUGCUAGGUUUUGUACAUCUUAAGGUAUUUGUUCAGAUUUCAUGAAGACUUAUGACUUUAGCCCUUUAAUUUGAAUGAUCCAGUUAUUUUUUGUUAUUUUUAUUAAAUAAACACUGUAUUUGAAGA